GGCUGCUAUGACCUAGCUACCGGACGACACUCUCUGCUUUCAGGACUGACCGCUACGGCUGAAACUGUCUAGUUAUAGCGAUUUGUUUUUGUCCAGUCAUACAUUCAACAACACGGUCGUUUAUGGUAGCAUUGUUGGGACUUCUGAAUCGUCGCUGCUGGCCUCUGAGGCUAGCUGGUGACAGAGAGGAGCCAGCUGGUCGCACGGAGCCUCAGCAACGUUAGCAAACAAGCUAAUUAGCCUGCAAAGACUCAGCCUGGAUUACUGUCUUUAAUCAAAGAAAGCGCAAGUCUGCGGCUUUUACUCUCUGCGGCCAAAAUGAAGAUAACUGUGGAUUUCGAGGAGUGUUUGAAGGACUCCCCGCGGUUCAGAGCCACCAUAGAGGAAGUGGAGGGGGAUGUGUGUGAGUUGGAAUCCAAGCUCGACAAAUUGGUGAAGUUGUGUAUUGGGAUGAUUGAUGCUGGAAAAGCCUACAAUGCCGCCAACAAGCAGUUUGUUAACGGGAUCCGGGAGCUAGCCCAGCAGUCCACCAAAGAUGAGGUCAUCGAGUCCAGUCUCACAAAGUUUGCUGAGAGCCUGCAGGAGAUGAUCAACUAUCACACGAUAUUAUUCGAUCAGGCCCAGAGAUCAAUCAAGACCCAGCUUCAAACAUUUGUCAAAGAUGACAUACGUAAGUUUAAGGAAGCCAAGAAGCAAUUUGACAAAGUGAGCGAGGAAAAGGAGGCAGCGCUGAUCAAGAAUGCCCAGGCUCCCCGCAACAAGCAGCAUGAGGUGGAGGAGGCCACCAACAUCCUCACUGCCACGCGAAAGUGUUUCCGACACAUCGUCCUCGACUACGUCUUACAGAUCAAUGUGCUACAAUCAAAGAGAAGAUCGGAAAUCCUGAAAUCAAUGUUGUCCUUCAUGUAUGCCCAUCUGACAUUCUUCCACCAAGGAUAUGACCUCUUCAGUGAACUACAACCCCUGAUGAAACAGCUUGGAGGACAGUUGGACCAGCUGGUGGUGGAUGCUGCCAAAGAGAAGAGGGACAUGGAGCAGAAACACUCCACCAUCCAGCAAAAGGCUGCUCUGCAGGACUUUUCGAAUGACGACACCAAGCUGGAGUACAAUGUGGACGCAGACAAUGGCAUCGCAAUGGAGGGUUAUCUGUUUAAGAGGGCCAGCAAUGCCUUCAAGACAUGGAAUAGGCGUUGGUUCUCCAUCCAGAACAAUCAGCUAGUUUACCAGAAGAAAUUUAAGGACAACCCGACAGUGGUGGUGGAAGACCUGAGGCUAUGUACUGUCAAACACUGUGAGGACUUAGAGCGUCGCUUCUGUUUCGAAGUUGUGUCACCCACCAAGAGCUGUAUGAUGCAGGCAGACUCAGAGAAACUGCGACAGGCCUGGAUCAAAGCCGUCCAGAACAGCAUCGCCACCGCCUUCCGCGACAAGGGAGAUGAAAGCGAGAAGCUGGAUAGGAAGUCGUCCACGUCGACGGGGAGCCUGGACUCUGGUGGGGAGCCUAAGGAGAGAUCGCUGAAAGGAGAGAGUGCCCUGCAGAAGGUCCUGGCCAUCCCAGGCAACACCUGCUGCUGUGACUGCGGCCAGCCCGACCCCCGCUGGGCUAGCAUCAAUCUGGGCAUAACCCUCUGUAUACAGUGCUCUGGUAUCCACAGGAGUCUGGGAGUACAUUUUUCUAAGGUUCGAUCUUUGACUUUGGAUACAUGGGAGCCAGAACUUCUAAAGUUGAUGUGUGAACUGGGAAAUGGAGUGAUCAACCAGAUCUAUGAGGCUCGGCGAGAGGAGCUGGGAGCCAGAAAACCACAUCCAGGAGAUCCAAGGCACGAGGUAGAGGCCUACAUCAAAGCCAAAUACGUGGACCGCCGGUUUGUACGCCGACCGUCAGACGAGGAGCUUCGCAACAAAGUGGUUUCUCUGAGCAAACAGGAGAAGAGGUUGAGCAGCAGCUCUGAGCAUCUGCCUCCAAGACCACCACCACCCACCCCAAAACUCCGACCUGGUCAGGCAGUAAAAAGUGCAGACAGCGGCAUCCAGAACAGCGCUGAUGGGAGCAGGGAGAUGCUGGCCACCACCCCCUCCAAUAACAGCCUGACAGAUGCAGAUGCUGCUGAGUCUCCGCCGUUGCCCAUGCCUGCCACACUGCCCCCUCCUUCACCCUGUAAGGAGAUGGUUUUCUACGAGCCUAAGGAGUACAGCUCGGGUCUGCAGCUCUACUGGGCUGCGUGUGCCCGCAGCCUGCCAGACAUGGCGGAGGCACUGGCCCAUGGAGCCGAAGUCAAUUGGGUCAACACAGAGGACGACAAGAGAACACCGCUCAUCAUGGCGGUGCAGGGGGGUUCGCUGGUCACCUGUGAGUUUCUGCUCCAAAAUGCAGCUAAUGUGAAUCAGCAGGACGCUCAGGGCCGAGGACCCCUCCACCAUGCCACCAUGCUGGGACACACAGGGCAAGUGUGUUUAUUCUUAAAAAGAGGAGCAAACCAAAAUGCUGCAGACAUAGAUGAGAAAACACCCCUGACAAUAGCGGUGGAAGCGGCCAAUGCAGACAUCGUCACGCUGUUGCGACUGGCCAAGAUGAAUGAGGAGAUGCGAGAGGCGGAAGGUCCGUACAGCCAGUCAGGAGAUGAAACUUACCAGGACAUUUUCCAGGAUUUCACCCACAUGGCCUCCAAUGACCCGGACAAGUUGAACCGCUACCAGCAGUACGAUUCGCAGCGACCCUGACACAACAGAAAUGCCGUCCACUAGCUCUCAGAGACACUGUCUGCUCAUCCCAGGAGAGGCAAAAAGAUGCCUGGAAAGAUGUUUUCCACUUUCCCUUUAACAUUGUUCAGCGUUAAAGCCAGUUAGUGCUGCCACAGCUGGACUCGUGUCACCAUAUCUAACGUUGUCGAAGCUCCCUUUUAAAUAAUAGUUAUCUUGCAGCUGUGUUUACAGCUCUGAAAACUACAGGCGCUUCACUCAUGUGAAGGGGAACUUCUGUGAACAGUAAACCUCUUUUUUUUCCUUUUUUUUUAACUGUGCUUCCCAGAAGGAUCUAUAAGUAGAAUAAGCGAAUGGUACAGUGUGAAAUCCUUUGAAAGGAUUUGCAAAAUCAUGAAAAAAAAUCAGAUUUUUAAAGAAAAAUUAUUUUGUUGAACUCAGCCUGAAUGUAGAGCUGCCAUCAAGGCCGUAGGUUAUUUUAGUCUUUUAUGUCACACAGAACAAAUUCAGAGGCAAUUUCUUUUUUUUUUAUACAUCAAGAAAGGGGUGUGCUGAGUUGUAAAGAGGUAAGUGUAUGACAGAUUGUUAAAUACUCCAUUUCCAUUUUAAAGUGCUUCCUCUUUUUAGUAGGAUUCUCUUUAUGAUCACAAGUGUCUUUUUAUAUCAAAGUUUUGCUUCAGUGAACUCUCCGCAGUGUAUACGCGACAAUAUGCUUUUACUUAUUUGCACAAAUCCUUUUGUCUUAAAUCACCACCGAUGUUUACCAGUUUUGAUGGUAAGGCUUUGACAUGUUAAACAAUGUACAGUGAUCAUUUUAUUGAUGCUAAAUAGAUUUUUCUGAUUUUUAAAUUGUAGUCGUUGUUAAAAGACUUUCGUCUGAAUGAUUUAAAGUUUCUGUGUCGUCACCAUGUCAGUACCUGCAGUACUUGCAGUACCUUUCAGUGAGGCAAUCAGCCCUUCAGCAUUAUGAUCUUUGUGGAAGUAAAACCGCUUCAGUUUAGAUGAUUUGUUUUUUUCAGUUUGUAGAUUCAGUCUCGUGCUGAUAUUUAAAAAAAAAUUAAACACCAAGACAAUAACAUGAUCUAUAAAAUAUAUACCACUAUUUCAUUCAUGUUGAUUAUAGAAAUACCAGUCACACUGCAUUUUACAGGUUUGCAGUUUCCUAACAAUUUGGCAGGACGUUUUCCAGAAAAAAAGCUCAAUGAAACCCAAGCAAACAUUUGUUUAAUUUUGGAGACUAAGUUAAACUCCUCAAGGUUUUAGUCUUGGUUCAUCUGAUGAAACCCAUGUUUACUGUGAUAAGUGUGGCUUUAUACUACAGAACUCAAAUGUGAAUCUGUUCAAAAAACAGCUGAACAAAGUCUUGUUGAUUUAAUGAAGGAGUUCGUCAUUGAUCAUGCUAUGAACAACAAGCCUAGACAAAUUCUUGAAAUUUUGAACAGCAUUUCCUGAAAUGCAUUGAUAGCAGUCGUGGAUUCUCAUAAUUUUAGGAGCAAAGCCACUUGGCCAGGGUGAUAUUUUUAAGGGCUUUAAGGCCAUGAGUAAAAAAAGGCAAUUUCUGAUUUCACUUAAUCAAAAGCAUAAUGCUUUAUAUUAAUUUAUUUUAAUAUAAUAGCGCCCCCCCCCCCCCCCCCCCACACACACACACACACACACACACACACACACACACACACACACACACACACACAAUUUUUAUCAAAAGAAUAAUUCAUUAAUAAUUCAUGUUAUCAGAAAAUAUUUAGGAUCACAUAUCGUCAGUACAAUCCUUGAAGCCUCAGGGCAAUGAAGAAAAUGAAGUGAAAAACAAAACGGAAUCCAUAAAUCUGAGUACUGUGUAUAUAUGGUGACUUAAGUUUACGUCACAUUUAUAAACAUGUAUGUGUGAGACAGACAUAUACCCUGUAUGUAGUAUACAUAGUCUGUCAUACCAGAUUUAUGUAAGGUGCUGUUCCCCAUGGUGAAAUAGUCAAUAACAUUAAUAACAAGUAACUGCUAACGAAGGAAUCAUCUCUCUCCCUUCUCGUUGUCAAGAGACUUUAUCAAUUCUGUUGCCGGCGGACUUGACAGGAGAGGCCAGAUAGGUUUAAAAAAAAAAAAAAAAAGUAAAAAGAAAAGAAUGGCGGACCCUGACGCUAACAAUGAAAACUUCUUUAUAGAGGGAUAAUUACUGAAUGUAGAUAUAUUAAAUGGCUAUUACUGAAAAAAAUGCAGACUAUAAAUAAAAUCAAACAUUUUCUUUGAUUGCAUGAAAAUGUAUCCAUAUCUCGUGUGUUGUAUGUUCAGCUGACCUGCUGUGCACUCAAAUAAAUACUAUGCUGGCAGAUCAUUACAUUUUCUUAAUUGGAAUUAUAACAGUUAAACAUCCUCUGUUUCCCCAUAAUAGCAGAAACAUAUCUGGAUCUUUCAGUAAAUCUUCCUGGAAAUGAUUUUAUAAAUUACAAACCUGUAAAGUUAAACGUUACAAAGUACCUUACGUACAUUCUGCUAAAUGUCUAGAUAUGUUUUGAAAAUCUUAGUGGAAAUUCUGUAAAAAUGUGUCUUUAGCUGUAGAGCAGCUGUCAUUUCAUGUGAUGAGCUGUUAAACAUUUUUACCUAAAGAGUGUUUGAUUUAGUUCAGACAUCAGAGGACUGCACUGAAAUGUUCAAGUCCACAAAUUAAUUCUGCAAUUUUUUUUGAUAGACUUUAUGUCUACUGUGAUGUAGGAUCUGCAAAUGUUGUCUUUAAAUAAAACAAAAAAAAAAACAAACUGUAAACUUCUCUUAGACAAUAACAGUAAAAUAUGAUAGGAAACAUUUGGCCAACAUGGGAUACAAUUCUUGUGCACUUUGUACAGAUGCUUUUGAAUUCUCCUGCGAACUGAAGUAUAAAGUUAGUGGUACUUGAAUCAUUAAAUAAGCUUUUGUAUAUGCUGUUCUUUGUAUCUUUCCCUAAUUCUAGCCCAUUUUACAUUGCCUGUCUGUAUACCAAUAUACAUGUACUGUAUAUUCUUCCUGUGAUAUGUAAGAACUUCAUAUGAACUGAGGAGUCGUCCCUGAAUGUUGAUUUAAAUUUUUGUUGCUGGUUUUACUUUGCCUCAGAUUUUAAUUUUAACCACUCUGCCUCAUUUAGCUUCAGUAAAGUGGUUACAGGAAUGUGUUUUUCAGCAUGGAGCUAAUGUUCACUGCUAACAGAGAGUGACAGUGACAUGUGACAUAAUGGUACCCCAAACAAACAGUUAUUUGACAACAUUUAAAAAGUUUCUUUCAAGUUGCUCAUGUCAAGAAAAAGUUACAGUGCACUCCUGGACCGAUUUCUUUCUUUUUUGAAUACUUUGGCAUUAAUUUAUUUUCAACUAUUCAUGAAAAUCUGGUGCUUCUACAAGUUUCUCCCUCUUUCAAAGGCUCAUGAAAGCGUCCCACGUCCUGUAAAAGGCAGAACAUUUCCUCUCAAUCACAAAAGAGAAAAAGGCAAAGCAGUAAUUCAUCAACUAGCUAUUGUACACUUGGUCUAUUAACAGUAUUGCAAAAUUGGACCUAUUAUGUUUGCUUUUUAUUAACAAGAUAAUUAUCCAAUUUAAGGUAAUACAUUACCACAAAAUCUAAAAAUACAUGUUUUCAGCUGAGGCUCUGUCACUUCCACUUCUUUUUAUUUGUUGCUGAUAAUGUGUCAUUUCAACUAAUUUUGCAUUUGCCUUUGUACAUCGUGCUGAAUAAGGGUGUCAGUCAAAGACUAAACUUUAAUGGGAGACAAAAAACUAAAUUCAGGAUCUUGUUUUUCAAAGAUGUUCAGAUGCUAUUUUUUGUCAAAAAAAAAACAAAAAACCUCUCAACAAGAGUGGCAUUUUCAGAGGAACAAUUUAUAAUUGUACAAAUGUCUUUCACUGCAGGUUUCCCUGGGUAGAUAAUGAGUAAGUGAUUUUUUUUAAUCUUAAAUACACACACGCUUGAAUGUGGUGUAGAAUUUAAAUACACACUGGUGAGGGUCACUUAAUAUUUGGGGAAUAUUUACAGCUGCCACAUGGAAAAUAAAUCACAUUUUUGUUGUUAACGUUUUUAUUUUGUUUGUCACUUUUAGAUUUGUUUGCAACUACACAUUGUUUUUUUUCCCUCCUUAAUUACUACUUUUAAAAUAUAUUUGGGAAUAAAUAAAAAUAUGUACAAAGAAAUCUAAAAAUGGGGUGCAAGCAUACAGAUAAAAUUCUUUAAAAAGAUGUUAUCAGUCAGAGGAUUCGGGGAAUAA